GCUUUACUCGCACACCGACAAGAUUCCAACAAAGCAAUCCACCAUCUCUCCCCACUUGGGCUUCCCCCCUCCUUUUAUAUAACUCCCCAAGAUGCUCCUCAAAUCCCCCCCCCUUUUCCUUUCCCUUCUUUUUCUUUCAAAAUUUCCAAUGAGUUUCUUUGUAGAAGAUCCGGGGUUAAUCGUCACCCACCUCCUUUACAAAACAGCUGUUGUUUUAGCAGUUUUAAGAUGGGUCUUGUCUUGGCUACUUAGUUUCAAAGACAUGAGCCUAUUUAGUAUCGUUUUAUCUUCCGACUCCCAGGACAACUCUUCUUCUUCAUCUUCCUCUGUUUCUUCGCAAAUGAUUAGAGACAGUCUGGCGCUGACGAACUUUGAAGAUGCUAAGGAAAGGAUGCCUUGGGUUUCCGACACGUGUGCGGUCUGCUUGAGUCAGCUGAAGGAAGGCGACGAGGUCAGAGAGUUGAGGAAUUGUUGCCACGUGUUCCAUAGAGAUUGCAUUGACAGAUGGGUUGACUACGAUGAAGAUCAAGACCACGAUCACGUUCAAGAAGACGACGACAAUCACAAGACUUGCCCCCUUUGCAGGGCCCCUUUGCUCACUUCUUCACAAUGCUUGGUGUGGCCUAAGAAUGAACCCAGCUGGGCCGUCGAGCGACUUCUUUACCUAUUUGGGGACGAUCUUCUCCCUUGAUCCACGCCAUUUACCUAUUCUCUACAUCUUCUUCGUCUUCUUCCUUUACAUAUUGUUUUCUCAAUUAAUCAUUGAGAUGGAGCUUGGAGCAAUGGUUAUUGUAUAUUUUAGUAGUCAGUCGAUAGUUUCAGCUUAGCGAAAAGGGUCAAUUUUGUUAUUUGGAGUGGUCAAGUGGUCUAAACUCUAGAAGCUUGACCCUUUUAAUAGUGGUGUGUAUAUAUAUAAAUGAAUACGUCUUAAUUUUAA